CCUUUCCCCUCCCAUGUGCCGGCCCGCGCACUGCUCGGCGCAGGCCUCCGCAGUCUCCGCCACCAGCAGCUGGUGGUGCGGGCGGGUCCGCGAAGCUCGCGGCAGCAACCCCCGCCCGCCCUGGCCAGCGCUCUGACCGCCGCGGGGGCCUUUGAUUCGAGCUGGGCAGCGCCCCGAGCGCCGAAUAAGCUUCGCAGGACAAAAGAGAAGAACAAAAUGGAAAAUAUGUUAUUUUGUUGGAUAUUUUUCACCCUUGGGUGGACCCUCACUGAUGGAUCCGAAAUGGAACAGGAUUUUAUGUGGCACUUAAAAAAAAUCCCCCGGAUUGUCAGUGAAAGGACUUUCCAUCUCACCAGCCCCAGCUUUGAGGCAGAUGCUAAGAUGGUGCUCAAUAGAGUGUGUGGCAUUGAAUGCCAGAAAGAACUCCCACUUCCCAGCCUUUCUGAUCUGGAAGAUUCUCUUUCCUUUGAGACUGUCUUUGAGAAUGGCACCCGAACCUUGACCAGAGUGAAAGUCCAAGAUGUGGUCCUUGAGCCCACUCAAAAUGUCAGCGUGAAAGGGGCAUCUGUUAGGAGGAAGAGACAGGUGUACGGCACAGACAGCAGGUUCAGCAUCUUGGACAAAAAGUUCUUAACCAAUUUCCCUUUCAACACAGCCGUGAAGCUCUCCACGGGCUGCAGUGGUAUUCUCAUUUCCCCCAGCCACGUUCUAACAGCUGCCCACUGUGUGCAUGAUGGGAAGGACUACAUCAAAGGGAGUAAAAAGCUAAGGGUAGGGUUGUUGAAGAUGAGAAAUAAGGGUGGUGGCAAGAAACGGAGGGGUUCUAAGAGGAGCAGGAGAGAAGCCAAUGGUGGCGACCAGCGAGAGGAUCCCAAAGACAAUCUGGAGAGAGCCAAGGCUGGAAGAAGAAGAAAGGAAUCUGGUCGGGGUCGUAGAGUCCCUGAGGGGAGGCCCUCCUUCCAGUGGACCCGGGUCAAGAAUACGCACAUUCCCAAAGGCUGGGCCAGAGGAGGGAAGGGGGAUGCUGCUUUGGACUAUGACUAUGCUCUUCUGGAGUUGAAGCGUGCUCACAAAAAGAAAUACAUGGAACUAGGAAUCAGUCCAGCCAUCAAGAAGCUGCCUGGGGGAAUGAUCCACUUCUCAGGAUUUGAUCAUGAUAGGGCCGAUCAGUUAGUCUACAGGUUUUGUAGUGUGUCCGAUGAAUCCAGUGAUCUCCUCUAUCAAUACUGCGAUGCCGAGUCAGGCUCCACUGGUUCUGGGGUCUAUCUGCGUCUGAAAGAGCCAGACAAGAAGAAUUGGAAGCGCAAAAUCAUUGCAGUCUAUUCAGGCCACCAGUGGGUCGAUGUCCACGGUGUGCAGAAGGACUACAACGUGGCGGUGCGCAUCACUCCCCUCAAGUACGCCCAGAUCUGCCUCUGGAUUCAUGGAAAUAACGCCAACUGUACUUACGGCUAACAAAAACCUGCAGUGAGUCAAUGGAUUAUUUAAAUUGCAGAGCACUCCAGUUAUGAUUAUUGUAGCAAGAUCACUUCCUAGGUUAUGCCUGGACUCGAACGCUAUCAACAACAUUUUUAUAAAUUUAUUGUUUCAAAAUUAGGAGAUUUUCAUCUGUUUAAAAAAUACUUAGGUAUAAAUAACUGAAACUAGAUGGGCACCUCAGUGUCAAGUAUAUAUCCUUUAUAGGGUGAUAAGUAUCAUUUAUGGGAAGUCUUUUGUUUCUUUCUGCCUUCUUAAGAUUAGACACUUUAAAACUUCAAACUGGUACCAUAAAUAAUAUGUGAUUUCUUAAGGGACUUAUUCUCAGGGUCCUACUCUGUCAAGAAUCUAAUAGGGUGCUGGCUGCAUAUUAAAUGGGAAACUGCAUAUACACAUAGAGACAGUGACAUGAUUAGCGUCAGGGUAGAGACAAUAAUUUACAACAGCUUGUGUUACUUGGAGAUGGACCCAUUCAACUCAUGCCCUCCAUGUUUAUAUAGUGUUUUCUCUUGGGUCUGAGAAGCUUUGGUUUAGUUGGUGGUGGUGUUGUUUUUAAGAAUUACAAGAUACAGCAAAUUUUAUAAAAAAGCUAACAACUAUUUUACUGCUUUAAAAAAUGUCAGCUGAAGUGUGUAUUAUUUAAAAAUGGGAGAAAUACUUUGUUCUAUGAAAUGAAUCUAGUUUAAAAAUAAGGAAGCUGAGAUAUUUUAAGAUCUCAAGGUUUUAUUUAACUAAUGUUCGGAACGUGGACUUUUCAUGAAGGCAGAAGGAAGACAGUUCACAAGUUAUAAAUGGUCAUGUUUUGAAAGCCUCUUCAUUUAAUGCUAGUCUUCUAUGUAUGAGAUGUUAAGAGUUUUAGGACCAAGAAUUUUAGUCUUUCUCAAGAGAGAGCCUUUUUCCCCUUGAUAGAUUUCAGCUUUCUUAAUAGGGCCACACACAUAUUAUUUUGGCGAUUUCUCUGACUAGCAGUUUUAGAUAAAUCCCUAAAAAUGAAUAUAAUUUACACAUACAAUUUUUAAAAGAAGGUUCUGAUUCUUUUCAUCAUGGGCCAAGGCUGCACACUCGCUCAGGCCAUUAUGGCGGCCCCAGCAGACAGAACCAGUGGCUGUCUUCAGGCAAAACACAGUCGUUUCUCACACAUUUCUUGAAUGAACAGAUAUUUGCUGGAUGGUAGUAAAAGUGAAUUUGUUCAGGCCAUUAUGUCUAAAGGGUUUUAGUGAUUUGCAGUUGAGUGUACCAUAAAAUUCAGGAAUUGCAAGCCUAAUUUCUGGUCUGCUAUUUUGGGCAGUUUCUAGGGCACACAUUCUUUUCUCUCACUAAGUCACCGAUUCUGCCAGAGUUCAAAUUUAUUUUACUUAUUAUUUUUUUUUGAGAGAAUGGGGAGUUAUACCCUUGAUUAGUAUGCAAAGGAACAUUUGAUUAGGUUAUAAUAAAAAGUGAUUUUGUAUAUCUUGUCCAAAAUAGCUGGAAUUCAGUACAAGUAUACAUUCUUUUGUAGUGUGAAUCUGUUUAAAAAUCAUUCAAUAAAAAUAAAAAAAUAAAUCAAUCAUAACUCUUACUAUAUCCACAUAUAUGUUUUAUAUACAGGGUUUCAGCGAAUAUUAAAUUAACUGUAGUUUACUAAAAAAAUGAUUUUAUUUAAUUCUAACUGCAUUUCACGAAGCAGUAUUUUAUCAUUGGUGCUAGUGGGAUCGGGCUAUUGACUCUAAACUUUUGAUCAGAUUUUUUUGGGGGAAACAUCUAUAUGAUCACUGCAACUGAAAGUGCUUUGACAUGAAUUUUGCACACUUGCAUGCUUGCAAAUGCACACAAUCUUCAUCUUAGAUUCUUAGAAAAUAAUUCCUGGGAUUUCUGUAAAUUCAGAAUAACUUAGGGUAUUUUGUGUCAGUAGUUUGGAGCUGAAACUUAAAUUCUGAAUACAUAUGAUUUCCUUAAAGUCAUUGUACUUUCCGAAAAUAUAAAAUUUAGCUUAUUUUAUUUGCAGGGGUUUAUUUUAUUCUGUCAUUCUCUUUUCUUUACCAAGUGAAUCAUGAAUCUUAUAUGACCUAUUUAGGACCACUAAAGUAUGCUGUAUUACUCAGAAAGUUUUAUUUCACAAUCUUUCCUGUUACACUUACCAGAUUUGAAAUAGAAAUUGACUUCAUGUAGCUGAAGAAAUACACUCUUGAUGUCUUUUGCGUACAAAGGUCUAUAGUGAGUUUCUGCUUGAAGAAACUUAUCAGUGAUUUGAAUUCAAAUAACUACAGUAUUUACAAAACAACUGAAAUUUAAAAUUGUGUGAUUUUUUUUCUUUACUCAAAUAAUGUGUUUCAUUUUAUUUAUGUUUUUUUCUUGCUCAAAUGGUUGUGUGUGGGCAGAAGAGACAACAUUUUUUUUUCUUUUUUGAUGUGCUUACUUAAAUCCCAAAUGUUCUUUUCAAAAAAAGUUUUAAAUGCAUAUGUGAGCAAGAUCAGAGUUUAGCCUUUUUAUUUGUAGAUCAAAAAAUACUUUGAAAUUAUUUUUUCAUAGAAAGAAUCUCAGGAUUAGAAGAGACCAUAAAGAUCAUUUAGCUUAACUCCAAAAGUUAGAUUUUAACUUCCCUCCAUCACAUUCCAUUCAAGUGGUUUUCCAGUAAUAAAAACUUCACCACUUAAAUAUUGGUUAGUUAUUAAAAUUAAUUCAGGAAUAUAACUUACUAUUUUAGUUUAAAUUAUUAGAUCUGUUUGUUACAUUCUGCAAAAAUUACAUUGUUUAUCUUGCAUUUUAUCCCAAUCUCCACAUUUCAAUUACUCAUAAUUCUCUGGCCUUCUGCUAGCAAAUUGGGUGUUUACUCUUAUCAAAAAUGAAUUGGGAUCCUUAAUUAAGAAUAUUGGGGUAAGGCAAUUGAAGCAAACACUGAGCAUUACAAAGAUGUGGAUCUCUAGCCGGAAAUAGCCUGGAAAUAGGAUCAUAUAUUCUUUUAUGUGGUGUCACUAUAACAAUUAAAUAUAUUUUCGCUACUGAUUUUAAAGAUAACCUGCCAAGGCUUAAAAAAUAGUUUUAUGUUUAGUAAACAUCUCCAAUUAAUUAAUGGAAGAAUAUUUCUAAUAAAUUGAUUUUUUUCCCCAGCUAGAAUUGCUCUUUCUUUAAUGACCUAAUCAUAAGGCUCCAAGAUACUUAGGAGAUUUGG